AUGCGUGAACGAAAUUAUGCCCAAAUUGAAAAGGAAAGAUUAGCAUUAGUUUUUGCAGUGCCUAGAGUGUUGCGAGAAACAAUAUUAGAAAAAAAGUUUCAUGAUGUUCACCCAGGUGUGAGUAAAAUGAAAGCUUUAACAAGAAAGUGUCUAUUAACUGAGUCUCAUCCAUGGGAAUAUCCAAGUAGACCAUGGGAGAGGUUACAGAUUGAUCAUACAGGUCCAAUAAUUGGGAAAAUAUUUCUAGCAGUAGUUGACAGUUUCUCAAAAUGGAUUGAAGUGGAAGCUGUUAAAAGUACUGAAGCUAAAACAAAAAUUAGGGUAACAGUCAAAUUGUUUUCAACCCAUGGUAUACCUAGAUUUAUUGUUAGUGAUAUUGAAUCUGGGUUUUUGAUUAAAGAAUAUGAACAGUUUUUGUCUUCAAAUAAUAUCAAACCCAUCACGCAGCGCCGUAUCAUCCAGCCUCAAACAGUCAAUCAGAACGAAUGGUUCAAACGUUUAAGAACUCUUUAA